CGAUCUUUAACAAUUCUGCCCCUCCUCUCCUUCUCAUAGCUACAACAUUCAACCCAAAUUAUUCCUCGGAGAGUAUAUAGCUACAUAGCCUGUCCGUGCGAUACCUCUGUGAUAUAUGAUAGAUCGUUCAUCUGCGACGAUCUAUCAUUAACACUUUUUUUUGCGGCGCACCUAGCCGAACCAUUUGUAUCCUCUACCUCCAUUCACAUUCACACCUCUUAUUCAAUCAACAUCCCACCACCCCGCCAGUAUGGCCGCGCUGAAAUUUGCGCCGUUCGCCUCUGAAAUUGAAUUGCCUUUCUACUCGGCCUUAUUUGCCUCCAAGCUAGAUCAUGAUAAACUCAGCGAUUCGGCGCGACCAGUCUUAGGGCUCUACGAGCCUCGUCCCGGCACUGCCCCAGAUGACAGCGUGAAGAUGCAAGUCUUAGCCAGCGCUCUUACUAGUAAUAAUGUGCCGUAUAAUGCUGUCAGAGCUGAGGGCAUCAUCAAAAAUACAAAUACCUUAGAAGCCUUUAAGCAAGUGGAUAAGACGGAGAUGAUCCAAGGCGCUGCACGUCAGAUAUGGGAUGCGAUAAAAGACGGCACUAUAUAUUCUGUCCCCUCGCUCCUAUCGCACUACAUUAUACUUUCAUAUGCAGACCUCAAGAAAUACCGAAUGACGUAUUGGUUCGGAUUUCCAACUCUCCACUCCGAUCCGCAAUGGAAGCGUACUAGUGAUAUCCUUCAUUUUACCCCGGACGAGACUACAGCUUUGGCGGACCGCGUAGGCACUUGGCGAUACACCGUCGACGCCAGAGAACACGGCUUUUUCCUUGCGAAAAAAGUACAGGUGAAGAAAAGCACCAAGGCCCAAUCCCCUCCUCUCGAACCACCAUCAGAAGACAUCGGUUAUAAAUGGGAGGUCGGCUCGCUUCGCGAAUUUGAGACAGGUUUCUUCCGUGGGGUACCCGACCAAGACAGAUAUGUCGCUUUUGUCGAUCCAUCCACAUACGAGGAGCACCCGGCAUGGCCCCUCAGGAACCUAUUAGUACUAGUGAGACAACGGUUUCAUCUGACUAACGUUCAGAUACUCUGCUACAGAGAUAUACAUUCGCGUAGACAUGAAGCCCGCAGCAUAGUAUUGCCUCUUUCCAUGGACUCUGUAGAGGAAAUCGAAACGACCGAAAUGCCGAAAGCAACUGGUUGGGAGCGAAAUCCAUCCGGGAAGCUGAUGGCGAGGUCUGUAAGUCUAGCUGAAUCCAUGGACCCCACGAGACUGGCGGAUCAGUCGGUCGACCUCAACCUGAAGCUGAUGAAAUGGCGGAUCUCGCCGGAUCUCAAUCUCGAAAUCAUCAAAAAUACCAAAUGCCUUCUUCUCGGCGCCGGUACACUCGGCAGCUAUAUAUCGAGGAACCUCAUGGGAUGGGGUGUGCGCAAGAUCACUUUUGUUGAUUAUGGCUCGGUAUCUUUCUCUAACCCGGUAAGGCAACCGUUAUUCACUUACAACGAUUGCUUAAAGGGCGGUGCCCCAAAGGCAACACGGGCAGCAGAAGUGCUCAAAGAGAUUUACCCAGGCGUCGAUAGCGAAGGUCAUGUUUUAUCGGUCCCAAUGCUCGGUCAUCCAAUAGUAGAGAAUACACAGGGGGAUUUUGAAAAGCUGAAGUCGCUAAUCGAUGAGCAUGACGCGAUCUUCCUCCUGAUGGACAGUAGAGAGUCGAGAUGGCUCCCUACCGUGAUGGGCAAGGCGGCGGGAAAAAUCGUCAUGAAUGCGGCUCUUGGUUUCGAUUCUUAUGUAGUCAUGCGACAUGGCGCAGAACCCAAAGACGGCAGCGAAGAAACAUUGGGUUGCUACUUCUGCAAUGAUGUAGUAACACCCGGAGACUCCCAAAAGGACUUAACACUCGAUCAACAAUGCACAGUCACACGACCUGGCAUCGCUGCGAUUGCUUCAGCUCUCCUCGUAGAACUCUUGACGAGCUUGUUGCAGCAUCCCUUAGGCCAUCACGCGCCAGCCCCUGCGACCGGCACCUCGUCAGGAAUUUACGAAAGCGAUCCUAAGGAUGAGUUUGCCCUUGGAAUAGUUCCACACCAGAUACGGGGAUUUUUAAACCGGUUUCAGAAUCUCACUAUUAAAGGUCACUCAUAUCCAUGCUGUAGUGCUUGUAGCAAGCCAAUCAUUUCAGCGUAUAGGACUCAAGGAUGGGAAUUCGUAAAGCGUGCUCUAGAAGAUAAAGAGUAUGUGGCGGAACUUAGUGGCCUGGCCGAAGUACAGAGGAAGGCCGAAGCAAUAGCUGGCGAGGUCGACUGGGAGGAAGAUGAGGAGGAUGCAAAAGAGGGUGAUGACGAAGGAGUUCUCGUAUAGAACCUUCUCCUUCGCAUCCACCACCACCGCCAUAGCCGACUACGGAAGACUCGGGCUGACCGCUUCAAAUUCUGGAAAUGGCCCCGUUGGUCUAAAAUCAGAUGGGAUGAGAGAACAAUAUCAAGUGACUCGCAGGAAACAUCGAUUCGUGUUCCUCCCCACAUAUCACCACGUAAGACA